AGCAGGUGGUGGAUCUGCUCCAUGGGAAUUUGGGAUCUUUUUCCCUUUAGGAACGGGGUGAACAUGGAGGGAGCCAUGCAGAAGCAGGUGGUGGAUCUGCUCCAUGGGAAUUCCAUGGGAAUUUGGGAUCUAGUUCCCUUUAGGAUUGGGAUGAACGUGGAGGGGGCCAGGCACAAGCAGGGUGUGGAUCUGAUCCAUGGGAAUUUGGGAUCUUUUUCCCUUUAGGAACGGGGUGAACGUGGAGGGAGCCACGCACAAGCAGGUGGUGGAUCUGAUCCGCGCCGGCGAGAAGGAGCUGGUGCUGACGGUGCUGUCGGUGCCGCCGCACGAGGCCGAGAGCCUGGAGCCGCCCGAGGAGCCGCUGGGGCCGCCCUUCUACGACUACAGCGAGAAGCAGGCGGUGCCCAUCUCCAUCCCCACCUACAAACACGUGGAGCAGAGCGGGGAGAAGUUCGUGGUGUACAACGUUUACAUGGCCGGGCGGCAGCUGUGCUCCAAGCGCUACCGGGAAUUCGCCAUCCUGCACCAGAACCUGAAGCGGGAAUUCGCCAACUUCACCUUCCCGCGCCUGCCCGGCAAGUGGCCGUUCUCACUGUCCGAGCAGCAGCUGGACGCCCGCAGGAGGGGCCUGGAGGAGUACCUGGAGAAGGUGUGCUCCAUCCGGGUCAUCGGCGAGAGCGACAUCAUGCAGGAAUUCCUGUCGGAGUCGGACGAGAAUUACAACGGCGUCUCCGACGUGGAGCUGCGGGUGGCGCUCCCGGACGUCACCACGGUGACAGUGAGGGUGAAGAAGAACAGCACCACGGACCAGGUGUACCAGGUGAGCCCAUUCCCACCUGGAAUUGCCCUUCCCACUGGGAAUUUCCAUCCCCUCAACUCGAUUUUCCCACCCCCACCUGAAUUUUCCUGUUUUCCCACCUGGAUUUUCCUUCCUGUCACUCAGUUUUCCUUUCCCACCCAGAU